GGAGGUUUUUGUCUGCAAUGGCACCGAGCUUUGAUUGUGCAGUUUCAAGUCUUCUAUGUGCAGAAGACAACUUCAGCAUUUUCGAUGACAACGAUGAUAACUUUGGUGGGGGUGGUGAGUUUGGGGCAACAACAUGGAAUUAUAGAAUUUGUCGAAACUCGAAUCAAAACCGAGCCUUUAAUGGUGUUGGUGAAGAUGGAUUGCCGUUACAGAGCGACGAAUGUGUGGCUUUAAUGUUGGAGAAAGAACAACAGCAUUUGCCCAAUGCCGAUUACUUGAAGAGACUACAAAGUGGCGAUUUAGAACUGGCGGCUAGAAAAGAAGCUGUUGACUUUAUUGGGAAGGUUCAUUCCCAUUUCGGUUUUGGACCAUUGUGCGAGUAUUUAUCAAUAAACUACUUGGACAGGUUUCUCUCUGCCUAUGAAUUACCCAAGGGUAAAGCUUGGACGAUGCAAUUACUAGCUGUGGCAUGUGUAUCUCUAGCAGCCAAAAUGGAGGAGACUGAAGUUCCAUUGCUUUUAGAUUUGCAGGUUGGUGAAUGUAAAUAUGUGUUCGAGGCUAGAACUAUACAGAGAAUGGAGCUUUUAGUGUUGAGCACGUUGAAUUGGAAAAUGCAAGCAAUCACCCCAUUCUCCUACAUAGACUAUUUCCUUUACAAGCUGAAUGAUGAUAAAAUCCCAGAAAGAAGUUCAAUAUUGAGAUCAAUCCAACUCAUCUCAAGCACAAUAAAAGGGAUUGAUUUGUUGGAAUCCAAGCCUUCUGAGAUUGCAGCAGCAGUGGCCAUAUCUGUUGGUGUAGUGGACACUGAGAAAGCAAUGCCUUUUCUCACUCAAUAUGUACAGAAGGUAAAAACAACUGUGUGAUCCAAAAUCCAAACUUUAGAUGCUGUUUUAGUUGAAUUAAACCCAUUUUGAUUUGCAGGAAAGAGUGAUGAAGUGUGUGGGAGUGAUGUCAUUGGUAGGUGAAUCUAUUAACAAUGCCGGCGUCCCAUCCAGUCCGAUCGGGGUGCUGGAUGCCGCUUGCUUGAGCUAUGAGACCACGGCAAGUAGUUCCGGUACCAAAAGGAGAAAGCUAAACAGAUCCUUACCACAACAAGAUGAACAAGAUGAAAGAAUGGAUUGUUGAAUUGUAUUGUUUAUCAUUGUAGCUUUGGG